AUGUUAUAUGGAAGAUAUAAUUACAAUGAAGAGGAAGCGAUGCGAAAUGCUAUACAAGAAUCAAUUGAAAAUCAGCAAAUGCAAGAAAUCCUCCCUCCAGGAUAUGGUCAACCUGUUGAAACCCCUGUAGAUGCAAAAGUUAAUCGUUUACUAUAUGCUAUUGACAGAACUAAAGCCAAAAUAGAUCAAUUAAUGAAAUAUGAUAUUACAAAGACAAUGAAAGCGACAUCAUCACCCAAAAAGAAAACUCCACCUCCACCUCUUAGCUCUUCAGCUCAAAUAAGAAAUGAACAAGAUAGAAAAUACCGCCUUGCAGAGUUAGAAGCACUUAGAAGGCAAGAAGAAGAGGAGGAGGAAGCAAAUGAGCAGUAUGAAGAUGAUAAUUUACAUUCUCCAACUGCUCACACUGAAGGAGAAGAAAACCAAGAGCAAGGUGAACCUUCUGUCAUUGAAGAACCUGUUUCACAGAAUUCCAUAUCAUCUCUAUAG